UACGCUUAUUACGUUUCACCCACCGAAUGAAAGGGAAAGAGGAGACAGCUUUAUUCCCGCAAUCUUGAUAGGAUUUCUCGGCGGAAAACCCAAAAUCUACAUUGUAAACUAUGGGAAACAAUCCAAGACUAGAGGCAUCUAUCCUCUAUUGAUUCAUUUUUCUAUGUUUUUUCCUCAAACAACAGACUUUGAGUCCACUCUCCUCCCAAGUAGAGGUGAUACUGGCUGUGAUCUAGAUAAGAAAAGGCCAUUCAGGGUUGUUCUCAAGAGAGACUAAUUGCUGGUUUGCACUCCCCCCACAGUUUCUGUGAGCCUAGGGUUCUCUAUCAGUUUUCGGUCAUCCCCGAGUUCUGUUUCACAAGCGUUUUGCUUUGAACUUGUGGCUUUUGGGGCUGUAAAUGAUACUAGAAAAAGAGGCGAUUUGAAGGAUAGACUCUGAUUUUGGAUGGUAUAAUGGGUGCUACCUGUUGUUGCUUGCGAGAUGAUUGCGAUGAUUUUGCUAAUCCAAACAGCUCGAUAUACCGGAACUGUAUAUGCAUGCGGUAUCUUCUUCAGAGUUUAUUGCACGUGUAUACAUCAUUAUUUCAUAGAGAACCACGUUCCAUCACUUCAUCCACUCAAGCGACAGCAUCAUUGAGUUCUGUUGUUUCACUUGAUAACUCUCUAUCUGACAUGUAUCGCUCUCCUCCAAGACCAUUGCCUUAUGAUGCUGAUCCCAGAUUUUUCCGGUUACAACGAGAUGGGCUAGUCUCGAGAAGGGAAAAGGGGUCGAGUCACUCGCAUGAGGAGACUGAACCAUUACGAAGAGGUGAUAUUGAUGAUGAAACGGAUUCUCUGAGCACUGGAAACAAAUGGGAUGCUUCUUGUGAGGAAGGAUCGAAAGACUACAACUCAAAAGCUUCACUUAAGCUCUCAACAGCUAAAACAACAACGGGAUUUGCUCAUAUUUAUUAUUCCUCUUCUUCUUCAGAAGAUGAAGAUGCCUGCCCAACAUGCCUUGAAGAAUAUACAGAAGAAAACCCCAAAAUAAUCCUGAAAUGCUCUCAUCAUUUCCAUCUUGGUUGCAUAUAUGAGUGGAUGGAGAGAAGUGAUAACUGUCCAGUUUGUGGCAAGGAGAUGGCAUUCGAUGAGACAACUGAUCUUGCUUAACAUAUUCCGGUGUUGGAAACCAACAAAGACACAAUGAUCCUGAAAUACGAUGUAAAGUUUCUGUUAAUAGUUAAAAAAUGUUGCCUUACAUAGAACAUAAAGUAAUUGUUCUGCAAAACCUAUUUGAGUGCAUUCUUCUUGGUGGCAUUGUUUUCUCUA